AUGUCGGAUCAAAAUACUCCUCUCCAGAACAUCGGUUCUGUGGGCAACACUGCGUAUCAAACGUUUGUUGAAUUGCCUUACAGAGCAUUUACCACCCCGCGUCAAGCAGAGUUGCCUGCUCAGGACGAGAAGGAUAUGAAAAACUCUCCUGACAAGAUAGAGCGCUAUGUGCAGGACAGCCGCUUCACUAACCCGGUUAGCGAUGAGUUGCUCAAUUUACUCACCUCUCCGGAGAGUGUCUCAACCUUGCUAGCACAGGAUCCUUCCUUGAGCCCAGGUGAGGCGUGGAAGAAACUCUACGGUCACCACGUCGGGAAUCUCAACAACUCACUUUCAGCACACGGCGCUGGGAAUGAUUUGGCUUCAGAGGAAGCGCUUCACCGGGCCGCGGAAGCCGGGCAUUGGGGCCCGACUCAACCGAGCGAGUUGUUCUUGAGGAUCUACCAUGAUGCCAUAGGUACAUUACAUGAUGAUCCCGGCCAUGCGAUGGUCAGCCCUUCAUUGAUGGGCAGCUGUGGUGUGGUUCCAUUGAGCAUCAUCUCCACGGUUCCGGAUAUUGUGCGUCACAUGUCCAAUUGCAUCGUUCGAGCCGAAAGGGAGGUCUUCCUCGCCACGAACUUCUGGCAGAAUAGUGAUGCUUCCAAAUUCAUUACGGACGCCAUGAAGGAACUUUCCCGCCGUGCUGGCGAGCGGGGUACGAAGAUUGUCAUGAAGAUGAUUUACGACAGAGGGAGCCCCAAGCAGCUGUUCGAACCACACUAUGUUGUCCCUGUAAAAGAGUACACCGGAGACAAGGUGGGCAUACCGCCGCCGGAAGAAAUCCCGAAUAUCGAUUUACAGGUCAUGAACUACCAUCAUCCACUGUUGGGGACGUUCCAUGCCAAGUACAUGGUCGUCGACAGGAAAUUGGCGGUCAUUCAAAGCAACAACAUCCAGAACAACGACAAUUUGGAAAUGAUGAUCCAUCUCGAGGGCCCGAUUGUGGAUUCGAUGUACGACAUGGCGUUGCUGUCUUGGCACAAACGCCUCGAGCCUCCACUGCCGAGCCACAACUCUCCCGCGGCCAAUGGUGGCAUAUCGUGCUUUACGGAAUCGCACAGCGGCAUCUUCGAACCAAGUGGUUCGAUUCGUGGGCAUCAUGUCGUGAUCGACCCUGGGAAAAUGCAGUCACGGGAGGCAUACGAAUACACGCAGACCGUGCCCCAGCCAGGCCUGGUAGACGGGCAGAACUUAGAAGCCGAAAGCAACGAUCCAGAUCGUGCAGAUGCCGUAACUGGUCCGAGUACAACCUCCAACACCGUCCCAGGCACUCACGCAUCGGCACCGGAGAGCCGACUGAAUGACGAUGGGCAAGUUGGAGCCCAGAACGGUCACAAUGGACCUGAUGUAAAGACAGAGGCCUUGCUCAACGAAGGCCAACAAGCUAAUAAUCGGUUACCGAUGCCAUCUUCCACAGCUGACAGCCUGCCGGAGCACACACAUGAUGAUCCACACUGGGAUUCGGACAUUUCCAGUGAGGUCAUGCGUGUGCAAGCAGCAGUGUCGGCCAAGAACGGGGAAACGACGAUGCAAGCUGUGAACCGGCACCUCAAUCACACCGUCAACGUCGGAUUCUCGCAUGACGCCCCUGAAUGCGCACCCGCAGACGAGAUGACACCAUACAUACCACACCCCACCCACGAGCCAUUCCCGAUAGCGAUGGUGAACCGCGCGCCAUAUGGGCCCCCUAAUCACAAGUCAGUUGUGAUGCCGCAGAAUGCAGCCUGGCUCUCGGCGCUGCGCAACGCCAAGAAGAACGUCUUUAUCCAGUCCCCAACGCUGAACGCCGAGCCGCUGGUCCCCGCCAUCGUCGAGGCCUGCGAGCGCGGCAUCGACGUCUACUGCUAUAUCUGCCUGGGCUACAACGACGCCGGGGAGCUGCUCCCCAUGCAGGGAGGUCACAACGACAUGGUCGCACACCACCUGUACACAGCGCUCUCGCCCGCGGCCAAGCAGCGGCUGCACUACUUCUGGUACGUGGGCAAGGACCAGACGCGGCCGAUCAUCCAGGAGAAGAAGAAGCGCAGCUGCCACAUCAAGCUGAUGAUCGCGGACGAGCACAUCGGCAUCCAGGGCAACGGCAACCAGGACACGCAGAGCUGGUACCACAGCCAGGAGAUCAACGUCAUGCUGGACAGCGCGCAGGUGUGCCGCGCGUGGAUCGACGGGCUGCGCAGGAACCAGAACACGCACCUCUACGGCGCGCUGGACAAGGAGACUGGCAUUUGGACCGACGCCGACGGGAAGCAGGCCGACGGGGCCAUCGGGAUUGACCCGGGGAGGUUCUCCUGGACCAGGGGUGUGGUGGGUGCUGUCAAGCGGCUUCAGGGCACUGGUGGAUUUUAG